AUGCAGCGUGUAGUGUUUUCCUUGCUGGUCCUGCUGUCAGUGAUGCUGUAUUUCACUGUCUCUCUGAUGGACCCGGGCUUUGUUCACUCUGUCAAGGUGAACAAUAUCUUCCACCAACCACCCUAAAAGCCCUUCUUAUGAGAUGUAUUCCUUUCUGCUAUUACAUUAUCUUUGCCCUUGAAUGUGUUAGUGUGAAGAGAGAUGGAGAUGAUACCUCAAAACCCCAUGUCAGUAGAACCGAUGUGGAUGUGGUGGAGGAGUCAGGCGCAGGACACAGAGGCUUCGUCCAACAGACUUUACUAGUCAAAAGUGCUAAAUUACAAUACACGGCCUCGAAAACAAACAGAGGCGAGUGAAUACGUAAACCAUGCGUAAACACUAAACAAACAAACAGAGCGUCAAAACGCAGCUCCGAAAAUACAGGCAGACAACAACACACAAUCUAACCAAUACCAAACAGGGAACUUAUAGGACACGUAAUCAGAACACAAACAGACACAGGUGUACAAGACAGACCAAAGCAAUCACACCACGAAACAUUCAACGGUGGCAGCUAGUACUCCGGGGACGGCGAACGCCGAAGCCUGCCCGAACCAGGAGGAGGAGCAGUCUCGGCCGAAACCGUGACACCCCACUCCUCAUCUGCGCCGGUGUGGCUCCUUUCUACUAACAUAACUUAUAUACUUACAUUACCACAAUCUUAGAUCACAGAUUAAAUGACAUAUUGGGUGUGUGUUAUGUUGUUGUUAGUAUGUAUGGCUUCUUCUCUCCCCUUGGUCUCAAGCAGCAGCCCAUGAGAGCUAAGCACUGCCAGAGCUGUAAACAUUGUGUAAGGGGGUUUGACCAUCACUGUCCAUGGAUAGAGAAUUGUGUGGGUGUGAGGAACCACUGCAAGUUCAUCAUCUAUCUGGCCGUGCAGCUGCUUGCUCUACUCUGGGCCCUGCAGAUUGCUUGGUGAGUGUGGGUGAUUUAACCUGAUGUGGGUAGCUCAGAGUUAUUAUCCCUGAGAUGUAGUUGAAAUACUUUUGGUCCCACAUACACAAUGGUUCCCUUGUUGUAUUAUUGCUGUAAAUAUAAUUUGAUGUACUGUUAAAUGACACAUAUGUUCUGUCUUUCAGCUCAGGUUUCCAUUCAGCCGCCACUUGGAAACUGUGGCUCAGUGUGAAUGGGUUUCUGCUGGCGGCGCUGUGUGUUGUAGGUGUGUUGUCCAUGGUGUGUUGGUCCUCUCUGGGCUGUCACCUCUAUCUGAUCUCCAUCAACCCACCCCUGGGAGUUCAUGUCCCGCCACCGGCUCUCCUACCUGAAGAGCUACAUUGA